AUGCUCCUACCAUGCCUUCUAUGUGAUCUGCAGAUGGACCGAGAACAAACGGGUCACAUCGCAGAGUUAGGCUUCCAGACAAAUUUCCAACUUCGUGAACAUCUGGUAGAGUGUCACGCUAAAUUCGUGGCUCGCGCCCUACUCGCUCCCAAUGUCACCAAGAAAACCCAUUUCUGGCUUCUCACCAAUAUUGCUUAUCAUAGUGAAAAUGUGAGAGACGAUUUUCUGUACGAUGCUUUCGCAGAGACGGCAUUGGAAUCCACAAAGCAAUCGUCAAUACCCCAAGAUGAUCGUGAUAAUGAUGAAUCUUACCUGAAUUCACAAAAACAGAAACCUUUAGAAAGCGAUGAUCCUGAAGAAGCCGAUUAUCAGCCAAUAGCAAAACGAUCUAAUGUUAUGUUCGAAACUGAAUCCUGCAAAAUAAUGACAGCUGUUGGUAACUACUUGAAUAAUGAUCAACAAGUACAGAAUUCAAUAUCUCUUCCAAGUAGUUCGAAAGCCGUUCGAAAAUCAAAUUGUCAAGUUUGCCACGUGGAUGUCUGCACAACAGCACGCCAACGACACGUUUAUCAAUUUCACCUGCGAAUUUCUGAUCUUUUCCAGUGUUCAUGUUGUGACUAUACAAAUAAUAACUCAGUUUGGGAGAUGCGUAAACACUGUACAUCUAUUCAUCAAGGCAAUGCAUAUCCUAUCAGUAAUGAAGAAGUUCAUAAGCAUGAAAUACAGAAUUGGAAUCAGCAAUGUUUCCCGGAUUGGAAGCUGAAGAAAUCACCUUUGUCAAGACAAAAAACAAUAACACUGGAGCAAAAUCAAAUCACUCCGGACGAUAGAGAACUAAAAAUGGUUAGCCAUGGACGUGUUGCAAAUACAUCUUGCGAUGAAGUAGACAGCUGUAAGAUGAAUAGUGAUAAUCAGACACAAUCAAUCAUAGGAGCUGUUGUAGACGAUCGGACGUGUCAUCUGUGCUGGGAAGAAUCUCGUUAUCCAGGACGUCACAUAGCUCAAAAACAUUUGAAGAAAUCACUAUACCAAUGUCCAGUUUGUCAAGAUUUUGGAAGUUACGAAAGUUGUACCGUUGCUAAACAUAUCAGCAAAAUUCAUCCGGAACAGUGUAAUGCUAUUCCCAUCUCCAAUUUGGAUAGAUAUGCUCAGGAAAUUCGUGACUUACAGAAGAAAUGUUUUCCAAACCGACCAAUGAAGCUUGUUCGACCUCAUGUCGGUCGUUAUCGUCCUCGAGAGCGUCACAUUUGCCAAAUUUGUAAAAUACAGGUGGCGCAAUCAGAUCGUCAACGGCAUGUAUACCAUCGUCAUUUAAAGCAACAACGUAUUUUCGAAUGCCCUCUUUGCUCUUUUGCUUCAAACUACGAUAUACAUCGUGUGAAGUGGCAUAUUAAAUGGAUGCAUAAAGAUGAUUCAAACAGAGAACCUUAUUCUCAUGAAAAUGAUUAUAAAGAAGAAAUAGAUCGAUUAAACGAGCGAUGUUUUCCGGGUUGGCAACAUAGGCGGAGGCAGUUUUGGUGGUUGGACAUCGAAGAAACCAAGCAAAAUGUAAAGAAAAAUGUGAUAGCAGAUGUUGAGGAAGAGAAGAAAUCAACGGAGGUAGUCAUUAGUAAACCACCUGUACUUCAGGAAGAGCCUUGUAAAAAACCGAAUGAAUGGACCUGCAUGGUUAGCUGUGGUUUUAUGGAAAUGCAAAAUUUUUAUUAA